ACGAUCAGGACAAUCACAAAGUGUUAAAAAAAGUUCAUCCACUAAAAUACGCCUACCUGAAAGAAUACCUCUUUCUCACAGAAGUACAUCAAAGAAAAAUGAACAUAAUUCAUGUGUAAAAUUCUUUCAUGGUGAAACAAAUGUAAGGCGAAAUUUAGACUUUACAAAAAUAUCAACCUCUGGAGAAAAAAUUGAAACACUUUCAAAACCAAACGAGAAUAAUCCAAGUAAUAUGUUGCCAACAAAAAACUUGCGAUUAUCUACUAGAAAAAGUUUGUUAUUGGCACCGAAUACUAUAAAAGAUUGGCACGUUAAAAACAGAUUGGAGCAAAACAAAUCGAUAUUACCUCAAUUCGGCAUUUCAGCAUUGGAUUCUAAAAGUAGACAAUAUAGAAUAUCCGAUGGAUUGGAAGGCUGUUUAUUUCCUGUUAAAAAUACAAACGCACAUAUUAAUUCUGUUAUACCUGAGAAGAGUAACAAAACAUCAGUUAUACAACAUACAUCGUCGCAAACAUUUAAUAUGAAUAAUCAGUCUGGUGUACAAAAUCUAAAUUCUACUGAUUUGGAUCUUCUAACCACAAGCAAUGAAAAUGUAUUGGGAAAACAAAUCCCGAGAAAUUUAAAUUGUAUCGAAAUUUUGGAUGCUAACACUUACAAUAGCCAAAAUAGCUCUAUUACAAUCAACCAACUGUCUUCUACAUAUGAUAUGGAAACAAAAUUAAAUGCAGAUUUAUAUAAUAGUAAUAACACAGAUAAUAAUCAAGAUAAUAUUCAUUGUGUAGAUCAGUCUGUACAGACGACAUAUACAUUACUCGAUACAGAACAGUUGAAGGAUUCUGCAUGUUCUAUUCAUGUCGAACAAGAGAGACACUUGUCUACAACUGCGAGAAUUUGUCGAAAAGAUUGGCAUCUAUCUCUACAAACAAUAAAAACGAUGAGCGAGUCGUUUGCACAUUUACAGCAUGAUACUGAAGAGAGCAAUUCACAUGUGACUCUUAGUAAAACAGGGCUCACUGUUUUGCAGUCCAAUUUGAAACAUCUUAUUUGCAGGCUAGAGGAAGAUCUGUCUUGUUUGAAAUUGAUAUCAACUCUUAUUGCAAACACGUUAUUUGAAGCAAAUGUGACAAAUAAGGCAAGCGAAAAUAAUGAGACAAAGAUUAAGCAUCUAGCGACUAAAAAUUUAAACAAUACAGAAGAGGUGGAUAAUGUAAAAACUGAAUCCCCGUCAAUGUUGGUUAACAAUUUAACAUCGAAGAAUAUUAUCACUGAUAGCGAUAAUAUUGUAGAAGAAACUUGUAAAUCAUCUGACGUUACAUCAGAUUUCUUAGAAAAUGAUGUAUCGAAGAAAUAUAAUUCCGAAAUGCAGUCACUGCAGCAGAUCGAUAUUGCUUCUGAACAUGAUAAGGAAAAUAAAGAAAUUUUAAACACGCCAUUAAAUGUAAAACGUAUGAAGCCUAAAUCUGAAACGAGAAGACGCUCCGCACGCUUGAUGGAAAAAACUGCAAGCAAAUUGAAUGUGACGAAUGAUAGUUUCGUGAAUUUGGAAGAUGAAUUGAAUAUUAUGAAUGUACAAUCCAACGCGACACCGAAAUUGCUAAAAGAAUGUACUACUCCGGCGAAUAAGAAUAAAGAUAAGAAAGUAGGAAGACCUUUAAGGGAAUAUAUGGCUUUAAAGUCACGUAUGAGUUGUUUGUUGACGCCUAACAUGAAACGAUUCCAUUCUUUAGAGUCGAAAAGUAAUGCAUGUGCUGACACUGGUGGCACAAAAGCUUCCUUGUCGAAUAAGGUACUCGCCGAACUUCAUAAUUUAUACGCAGAUUCACCAGAGACAUAAUUUUUUACAUACAAGACGUCUCGGAAUAAUCACGACAACGCUCGUUAGCUUUAUGAUAUAGAAAUUUUAUUUUUUGUAUAUUAUUGUGGUAUAUUAUUAUUUAUUAACAAAGAGUGUUGAAUGAA